AAAAUCCCUCACACACAGUAAAGAAAUCGUUGAGUAAUAACUAGAUAUGCAGAGCCGCGGUGUGGUGAGGGGCUCGGUGCGCUCCUGCCUGCUGCUGCUCUUCAUCCACAUGAGCGCACCGGUGGAGGCGAAGAGAGCACACGGAGGUCGAGCGCAAACCCGACGAGUGCAGCAGCAGCAGCAGCAGCAGCAGCAGCAGGCUCCGGCGUACAGAGAGCGGGUGGAGGGAGCCGAGAGCUUCGCUUUAGACUUUACAGCAGUGGAGGGUAACAUGGACAACUUCAUGGUGCAGAUAAAGAACUUGGCACAGUCUCUGUAUCCGUGCUCUGUGCAAAAGCUGGAUCAAGAGAUGAAGUUGCAAUUAUUGAAGAAUGCAUCUGUCACUUGUAAUGACGGGUCACCAGCAGGGUAUUACAUCAAGGAGUCUAAAGGCAGCAAGAGGUGGCUGCUCUUCUUGGAAGGUGGAUGGUACUGUUUCAACAGGCAGACUUGUGACAGCAGGUACGAGACCAUGAGGAGACUGAUGAGCUCCACCAAGUGGCCACAAACCAGAACAGGAACAGGGAUUCUGUCUCCUCAGCCAGAGGAAAACCCUCACUGGUGGAACGCCAACAUGGUGUUCAUCCCGUACUGCUCCAGUGAUGUGUGGAGUGGAGUCACUCCAAAGACAGAUCAAAGUGAUUAUGCGUUCAUGGGCUCUCUGAUCAUCAAGGAGGUGGUGAACGAGCUGCUGACAAAAGGUCUGGACAACGCCAAGGUUCUGCUCCUGGCAGGAAGCAGUGCGGGCGGUACAGGCGUCCUGCUGAAUGUGGACCAUGUUGCAGAGCAGCUGAAGUCACAGGGACACAGAGGGGUGCAGGUCCGGGGCCUCGCCGACUCUGGAUGGUUCCUUGACAACAAACAGUACAAAUUCACAGACUGCCUGGACACCAUCAGCUGUGCCCCCACUGAGGCCAUAAAAAGAGGCAUCAGGUACUGGGGCGGUUUGGUGCCAGAGAGCUGCAGACAGGCUAACGUAGGAGAAGAGUGGAACUGUUUCUUUGGAUAUAAAGUCUACCCUACUUUGAAAAGCCCGGUGUUCGUGGUGCAGUGGCUGUUUGACGAGGCUCAGCUGACCGUCGACAACAUCCACCUAACGGGACAGCCCGUCCAUGAGGGCCAGUGGAGGUACAUUCAGAACCUGGGACAGGAGCUGAGGAGCACGCUGGGCGAUGUGCCGGCGAUGUUUGCUCCGGCUUGUCUCUCACAUGAGCUCAUCACUAGAACCCACUGGAUGGACAUUCAGGUGAAAGGCACCUCUCUGCCGAGAGCACUCCACUGCUGGGACCGCAGCCUCCAAGUCAACAAGCACCUCAACGGUAGCCAUGGCAACCACACACAACAAAAGCUCAGGACCCAACCCAUGAGGGGCUGCCCUCUACAUUUGAUUGACAGCUGCCCCUGGCCUCACUGUAACCCCUCUUGUCCGACGAUCCGGGACCAGCUGACGGGACAGGAGAUGAGUGUGAUCCAGUUCCUGAAGCACAUGGGCUUCGACGUGCAGAAGAUGGCUCAGCAGCAGGGGAUGGACCCGAGGACACUACUGGGCAUGCUCAAUGACGGGAACUGAGUUACUUUUUUUUUAAUGACUUUCUUCAGCGAUAACAAGGGGCUGAAGAUAAGUGGAAGGCAAGAGGAGCCUGCAAAAAGAACUCUGAUAAAAAAACAAUACUUCCAAACAGUGUUAUCAAUAAACAACAAACAUGACUGAAUUACUCCAAAAAAUACAAAGUGGUGAGCUUUGGGACGAAUACAAUAAAACCAGAGCGACUAAGCUGUUUAAUCAAACAUACACAAUCAUACGCUCCUUAAAAAUAUGUGUGCACAGCGUGCCGGGUGCAGUUCAGGCGAUCAUGGUUUUGGUUCAAAUCAUUUUGAUGGGAAAGCACCAGUUUGUUUUAUUGGGAUCUGCUGCUCUCUUCUGUCAACUCUAUCUCACAAAUCCAUCUAUGGUGCUGCUGCUUCGACCAAAUUUGCUGCUUUUCAAAUUUUGGAAAAUAUUAAUUUAAUGGGUAAUAAUCACAAAUAAAAGUUACAAGGAAAAAGAUUAUUAUUGCAUUCUU